CUGCUGAAUAGAGGUGCGAGGUGAAAACUUCCUCCUUCCGAAGUUGUAGCUGGAGCGGCGCGUCCGGACGGGUUCGGCCCGUUAUCCUCAUAUUUUAAGGUCUGUGGGUCGGGAGGUCAGAGCUGUGCGGAGCUGCGGCCGAGCCCCGGUUCUCCGGUCUGUGCGUGCGGUGGGCCAUCCACUGAGGAUGACAAUGGAAGAGAUGAAGAAUGAAGCUGAGACAAGUUCACUGGUCUCUAUGACGUUAUAUGCGGUCAUGUACCCGGUCUUCAACGAGCUGGAGAGGAUAAACCUGUCGGCCGCUCAGACGCUGCGGGCAGCUUUCAUUAAGGCCGAGAAGGAGAACCCGGGACUCACUCAGGACAUCAUACUGAAGAUCCUGGAGAAGAAGAACGUGGAGAUCAACUUCACAGAGUCAUUACUGCGCAUGGCUGCGGACGACGUGGAAGAGUACCUGAUCGAGAGGCCGGAGCAGGAGUUCCAGGAUCUGAAUGAAAAAGCCCGAGCGCUCAAACAGAUCCUCAGCAAAAUCCCAGACGAGAUAAACGACAGAGUGCGCUUCCUGCAGACCAUAAAAGAUAUAGCGAGCGCUAUAAAGGAGCUCCUGGACACGGUCAACAAUGUGUUUAAGAAGUACCAGUAUCAGAACCGCAGGGCACUCGAGCACCAAAAGAAGGAGUUUGUGAAAUACUCAAAGAGCUUCAGCGACACCCUGAAAACCUACUUCAAAGACGGAAAGGCGAUAAACGUCUUCAUCAGUGCCAACAGACUGAUCCACCAAACCAACCUGAUACUGCAGACCUUCAAAACUGUCGCCUGAGAGCGCGAGAGGGCGCGAGAGCGAGUAGUUCAUGCGAGAUUUAGGCUCCUCUCCUGUAAUAUACAAGUUUUUUUUUCAUUUUUUGUUUUUCCCUUUAUUUUCUUUUAUUUUGAGUAUAAUUUAUAAAGGUGGCGUCAUUUGUUGGAGCUGGAGACGGAGAGUUUCUGAGGAGAACUUUAAUUUGCUCAGUUUUCUAAUCAUGAUUCCACCCUCAGCUUCAGAACCUCUUUCUUUUCCGUUAGCAAUGGUUCCGUUCAAAUGAAGCCAAAAGACUUAAAGACCGCGCCUUAAAGCGUCCUGCGACAUUCCUCCUGUCCACCCUGUAAAUAACCCUGCUGUCUGUGACACUCUGGCAGAAAGAAGAGAAAGUGAAACUUCUGUAUUUAACAGAUAUUUGGUUGCAAAUGUUCAAUAAAUAGUUUCCAAAUGUUGACAUUUUUAA